AAUCAUCUCGCCCUACUGGUAUUUGCCGGUCCGACCCUUUUUUCAGUUACGAUUAUCCCUCCCCUUGCCUAUUUCCACUCCAUCGUUUUCCUCCCUCUCUUUCCAAUUUUCAAUACAAGAAGCUCCAACAAUGAAGCUCUUUUCAAUGCCCAUUUUCUUGAUUUUUGCUCUCUUUUUGGUCUCGUCUGCCAUGGACAUGUCGAUCAUAGGCUACGACAUCACCCAAACGACCACCGCCGAUACAUCCGCGUCGAACUGGCGCACCGACGAAGAAGUCAACGCUAUGUACGAGUCCUGGAUCGUCAAACAUGGUAAAUUUUACAACACCCUGGGAGAGAAGGAUAAUAGAUUUCAGAUCUUUAAAGACAACCUCAAGUACAUAGAAGAGCACAACUCCGGUGAUCAUUCUUACAAGCUUGGACUCAACAAGUUCUCAGAUCUUAGCAUUGAAGAGUACCGGUUAGGGUACACCGGCGCCAUUCCUAAGGGGAAGUCGAACAAGCUGAAGAGUGAUCGUUACUCUCCUCUUUCUGGCGAUGGCGAUGUCCUGCCUGAUUUCGUUGACUGGAGGUGCAAAGGCGCCGUCGCUGCCGUCAAAACACAAGGACAAUGCGGGGCUUCGUGGGCAUUCUCAGCAAUCGGAGCAGUGGAAGGGAUAAACCAGAUCGUGACAGGUGACCUGAUCACACUAUCAGAACAACAACUCAUUGAUUGUGAUACAUCUAACUAUGGAUGCGAUGGUGGUUUUAUUACCGAUGCCUUUGAUUUCAUCAUCAAGAAUGGCGGAAUACACAGUGACAAAGACUAUCCCUACACUGCCAAAGAUGGAAAAUGCGACACUUCCAAGAAAAACACAACACUUGUUUCCAUUGAUGAUUAUGAAUAUCUUCUGGAGGAAAGCGAGUUAGCAUUACAGAAGGCUGUUGCAAACCAGCCUAUAUCUACUGGUAUUGAUAUCAGUAGCAGGGAUUUCAUGUUAUACAGUUCAGGUAUCUUUAGUGGUGUAUGUGGAGAGUUAGUAAACCAUGGUGUAGUUGUAGUUGGAUAUGGAACUGAAAAUGGGAAGGACUACUGGGUGGUGAGGAGCUCAUGGGGUGCAGAAUGGGGUGAAGAAGGUUACAUAAGACUAGAACGCAAUAUAAAACAGGAAACUGGUAAAUGUGGAAUAACAAUUUUGGCAUCUUACCCUAUCAAAACGAGUAAUUAAUUACCCCAUAGGGAAAGAAAAACACGACCAUUUAUCUGAUUUGUGUUAUUGAAGCUUAACUAGAAACUAAUUCAUCACCAUCUGAUUAUAUCAAUUGCAUUUGAGUGUGACCUUUAAUAAUGUAACACUCUUAUAGCUAAGGGGCUAUUUGAUAGUUGCCUAUUGAGUCGGAUGUGAUUAAAUCAAAAGACUGAUUGAGUUAGACACAACUUCUUACCAAACUUAAUAAGAGACAUAUCAGAGGUUAUGAGACUAAGUCACACUUAGCUAAUUGUAGUAUCAAACAUUCUGAAUCUGACAGAGUAAGACCCAGGUUGGUAACCUGAUAAACUUAGGAAGAGGCAUAUCAAACAAUCUAUAAGUGUACAAGUCUAUAUCAUACACACAUAACACUGGUGAAAUCUAUAUGGGUUCAAUCUCUCAUUUCAUAUUGUUGCGGCGUUCUACAUUUUUAACAGUUGAUUAUAGUAGAUUCACACAUCCAUGACCAACCGAUCUUAAGCACUAGCAUGUUCACAUCACUUUAGAUCUAAUUUGGUGACAAUGGAAGACUUUGAUACCAAUAUAGGGUUUUGUUAAUUAUAAAAUAUUAUGAUUAUAGCAACAUGUAGGAAAUUUUAGGGUUUGUGGUGUUGAUCUGGAUACCAAUUUGGAUCGUGAUAUCACUUUCCAAACUGAUAUUUCUACCUUAUGCCUGUUACAACAAAUUCAGCCUAGGAUAAUCCAAGUGGACACUUACGAUUCUAGGCACAGAAAUACUAAGCCAAUAUGCUAAAGGAUUCUGCGAAAGUAUGAUGAAAACCGAAAGCUUAAGAUCGUGUCUUUCUUCUAAAAAUAAGAGUCGUUUAUAUAAUAAACGAUAUUAGGGUUUCAAUAGGGUUGGACCGCUACGAGUUUCUUUGGAAACAAGUCAGCGGGACACCAGUCAGGGGCUUUGCCCCUUGGACCCCGCUAGGGGCGCUGCCCCUUUGGAAACCCCAGGGGCGUUGCCCCCGGACCCCUGACUAGUCGAACCGGCUACUAAUUUGAUCUUAUACAUGCGUGCACUCCGUACCAACUCGUACACAUUAGAAAAACAAAUUAAGAAGCUCUUUAGGUCACAUGCUAAUUCCAGUUACAUAAAAUGAUAUGAUGAUAUUAAAAUCACCAAAACAACAUAAGUUAAACAUGACCAAAUUGAUAGUUAUCCAGGAGAUUGACGAUUAAAACAUGAAUACUAAAUACUAAACCCAAGGAAUCAUGCACUUGACAAUUAAAUAUCACUCUUUUUUAUGUAGGGUUGAAGGUUGGCUUUCUUUAGUGUCUCACACCAUGGGUCAUGGGUGAGACCAAUUUGAACACACUCUCGUCUUACCAUUUAGCCCAAAAGCUGCGCUUAUUAAGCCGAAACCAAUAUUUGCUUCAAAUGUUGAUAACUUGAUAUGAAAUUUUGUUUAUAGAGAACAAAAAUUAUAAAUUUGCAUA